AUGUGUGGGCGCUAUGCCCUCGGCAUCAACCCAGAUGUCCCCCAACAGGUGCGGCAUGACUAUCCUGCUGUGAACCCUCGUCGAUGGGUGGGAGGAGAUCGGCAUAGACCACGCUUCAACGUCGCUCCUCGAUCGAACGCUCCUGUGGUGCGGCAGGAUCCGCAUGACGGACAUGAGUACUUUCUCCAGGAGAUGCAGUGGGGCGUGAUCCCUCAUUGGACGAAGCAUGAACCUGAUGGAUCUUCUCCCCUUAACACGAUUAACGCGCGAAGUGAGGCACUCAUGGAGAGGGGUGGGAUGUGGGCAAGCUUGAAGGGGAAGAAGAGGUGCCUGGUCGUGUGUGAUGGGUACUAUGAGUGGUUGAAGAAGGGAAGCCAGAGAACACCAUACUUCACACGCCAACCAGAUGGAAAAUGUAUGCUACUUGCAGGGUUGUGGGAUAGCGUAACGUACGAAGGAGCAACCGAGCCUCUCUUUACGUAUACGAUCAUCACGACCGACUCAUCGAAGGAACUCUCGUUCUUGCAUGAUCGGAUGCCUGUGGUCCUCUCUACCGAAGAGGACAUCAAGACCUGGCUAGACCCGACGAUCACCGAGUGGUCGAACGAGAGGCUCGGCAAACUGCUGCGACCAUACGAGGGGCAUCUAGAGUGGUAUGUUCCCGCCACAGCUCGCAUAUAUGUGUUCCUGAUGGACGCAUAUAGUUACCCUGUGGCGCAGGAAGUGGGCAACGUGAGAAAAGACUCGCCGACGUUCAUCCAACCUGUGUCGAAGCGGGCCGAUGGCAUACAGGCGAUGUUCCAGAAGCAGGAGAAGAAGCAAGAAGUGCGGAGGUCCCAGACACCGACGACGGGUGGAGCAGAGAGCCCGAAGCCCGAGAGCUCGCAGGCGAGCACGAAGGUCGCGCGGGAUGAGAAGGGCGAGGGAGGCGCAUUCGUAUCGGAGGACAACCAGCCUUCUCAAGCUCUCCCGCCUGCUACUCCCACUAGGAAACGCAAGACGACGGAAGAGAGUGACUCGGACGUCGUGGAGGUGUCCCCUCUUCCUAAGAAGCCGAAAGCCGAGCACAAGAGCGCUGGAAAGCUUAAGCCCACACCUGCUAAGAAGAAACUGCAGGAGACGACGCCUAAGAUUACCAAGUUCUUCGGUGGGAAGAAUGAGCCGAAGGAAAGCCCCAAAAUUACUAGCUUCUUCAAGAAGACCUGAAUCGAAUGAUUCUGGC